CGGCACCAUCCUCAUCAGAUCUAAGUGCCACAUUCCUAGGAAACGAAACCCGAUGAGCUUGACACGUGAAACGUCGGUUAGUAGCUUCUAGUAACUGAUUUACUUUGGUGGUUAGCCCAAAUGAGUGGUCCAAUAAAAAAAGAAAGCGGGUAAGUCGUUGUUUCUGUUCUGUGAAGUAACAGAUGAAAAUUAAUGGAAACGAUCCCAAAUUCCCUAGUCUCUAGCUUCCAACCCUAAUUUCCGAUUUUUUUGGUCUCCCAAUCAAUACCUAUUUCUUCUCUCUCCUUCACAAUCUCUCUUCGUUUCCAAAAGCUCUGUUUUUUUUUGUUGUCCUUUUCUCUCUUUUUUUCUUUCUUCCUCAUAAGGAAAGUUUUUAUGUUCAGCAUCUGAUUCAUGGAAAGUUUUGUUUUGUCUUAAAUUAGGAUGGGUAGAGUGAAGCUAAAGAUAAAGAAACUACAGAACAUGAAUGGACGUCAAUGUACGUAUACGAAAAGGAGACAUGGGAUUAUGAAAAAGGCUAAGGAGUUAUCGAUCUUAUGCGACAUAGAUGUUGUGCUUCUCAUGUUUUCUCCCAUGGGAAAGGCUUCAAUUUGCAUAGGCAAACACAGCAUUGGAGAAGUCAUUGCUAAGUUUGCUCAACUCUCUCCUCAAGAAAGAGCAAAGAGGAAGUUGGAAAACCUUGAAGCCUUGAGGAAAACUUUCAUGAAAGCUAACCACGAUAUAGAUAUAUCAAAGUUUCUAGACAGAAUUAGUACACCAACAGUUGAGGUGCUUAGCGAAAAAAUCAGGUUUCUGCAAACACAAUUAUCAGAUAUACACACACGACUAAGCUACUGGACCGAUGUAGAUAAUAUCGACAGCGUAGAUGUUUUGCAGCAACUAGAACAUUCACUAAGACAAUCUCUGGCUCAAAUCUAUGGUCGUAAGGCGAGCAUGCCGCAACGUCAGCAGCAACAACUUAUGUCCUCACAAUGCAAAAACCAGUUGCAGACUGAAAUAGAUAUAGAUUUCGGAAUGGAGAUGGAGCAACAACUUGAGAAUUUCUCAUGGGUUCGUACCGAUGAAAACAUGAAUGUUCCUAUAGAAGAAGAAGACCCUAAUCUGCAGCUUCAUCACAUGUACAAGGACAUAACGUGUUCUGCAAGUUCAGCUCUUGGAAAUUACUCAGGACUCUUUAGUAAAAGCUCAGAUAUCUUACAAAAACUAGAAACCGGUAGCAUUCCCGGGACAUCGGCUGAUCCGAACCAACAAUUCAGCAAUCUCAGUUUCUUAAAUGAUCAAAAGCUUAAGCAACUAGCUGAGUGGAAUCUAUUAGGCAGUCCUGCGGAUUACUACGUUAGCCAGAUCUUGGAAGCUUCUUAUAAGCCUCAGAUUGGAGGAAAAAACAACGGCGCUUCUUCUGAAACAUUACCUUAUGUUGCGGUCUUCGAUGAUCCUCUAUAUUUUUGGGUAAAUAACGGUUUGUUCAUCAUUCAUUUGUUUUCAAAACUCUGUUAUUACUGGUCUUGUUUUGCUGACUGUUUCUGAACAUAUCUAAUAUGCAACAGCCAAACUGACAAGUAGCUCCGGAAAAAAACAUAAGACGCAUUGAUCCGAAAACGCGCCUUGUCUUUGUAUCAACGAGUCAUAAAUGCCGAAGAAGCUAGGAUUGAUAGGUUACAUGGACACAUACUACACUAGAUGAUACUAUUUUAAGUUACUUGUAACUCGAGAGUCAUCUCCAAAAAGCGUAAGCAAAGUAUUGUUUCUCGGUUAUAUACUAUUUAUAAUACAAGUCUAAGCUGUGAACGAGAGAUGUAAAUAAAUGCGUUUACCUCUGCUUACGCAUCUAUAAAAUAACAUAAUAUGAGUUGGCUAGAAA